AUGUUCCAAGAUGAUGUAGAACGCAACUGUUCUACUACUCUUCCCUUACCUAAAUUGAAAUGUGGAAUAUCUCGUCAACAGGUUAACGAGAAAUAUGAAUUUAUGAGGUUUUUUAAAAUAACACCAUAUCAAAUUAAUGUGUCCUUUGAAGAGUUAUAAAAUUCACUUGCUCCAAUUAUUUAUGGAAGGAAUUAAAACAAAAUUAGUUUCACAGUUGUACAAAAUAUAAAGUUUUAUUUAAAAUCCAUGUUUUAUAGUUUUGAUAUAGAAUUUAGAAGAUAAUUGAAAUUUCAAUAAAAGUUGAUUAUCAUCAAUUUACAUUUAAUUGUUUAAAACUUAUUUUGAAGUGAUAUUUACAAAUAAAUUUAAAUUUGUCUAUUGUUAACACUUUACUUUUCACAUAUAAAUUAUUAUUUACAUUAAAUAAAUAAAUAUACCUAAGGAAUGAUUUUAAUAAAAAAAAAAAAAGAAUACAUUAAAAAAAUUAUGUUAAAAUUGUCUGUAUUUAGUGAAUAACAAAAUUAAAUAUAUGAAUUAUAAACUAAUUUAAUGGGUAAUAUUCUAGGUUGAUCAUUCUUCCUUGGUAUUAUUAUUAUUCAAUAAUAUUAUAUUAUGAAAAAUAAUAAUUAGUAAUAAAUACUGGUUAAUACAAGCUCACUGCUCCUAGUAUCUAUCCAGGUAGGCAAUAAUUUGUACAUAAUAUUGGAAAUCAAAUACUCAGUUCAUGAUAAAUGAAGAGUUCAGUUCAUACUAAAUUUCGAAAUGAGGUACUUAUCCCGAAAACCAAUGGAAGAAAAAAAGAAAAGAUAAACCAACUUAGCCAACAUUAAAAACUUCAAAUUGUUCAAUCUAAAUUUUAGUAUUCAUAUAAAUACACAUCUUUGAAACACAAAAUCAAUUAUGUAUUUAAUAACUCCCAAAUUUUUUUUAUAAAUUACUAUUGUGUUUUGUAACAAGUUUUUCCAGACGUUCUCCCCAGUUUUCUAUCACCCGACCAACUCCCACCAUUACGAUUUAUGAAAUACAAGUCUUGGAAUAGUCGAACUCGCUCAACUACUCUCGAACUCGACAGCACUCAAGUGCUUUUCGAAUAUUUCGUUCACCUCUUUAUACGCACCAAUGCACUAUUGUUAAAUUGUUUGUCAUUUAAAUUGUUCGUUCGUUAAAUUCGUUUUAAUCUUGCGCCUUUUAUUGUUCGUACAACGUAUGUCGUUCUUUAAAACUUUGACCAUAAGUCAUACCUGUACCGCAGAAUAGUUUUUUUUUAGAAAUACUGGUUUUAUUAAUAGUAUUAUAAUGAAAAUAAGUAAGUUAAAAUUAUUUUAAUAUCUUUAGUUAUUGUAAUAUUUUAUUUGUAAAAAUAUUUAAAUAGGUACACUAUAAAUUGUUGAUUCAUGACAUUUGUCUUGUUUUGCUUAGCCGCCUAGGUAACAUGUGAGCUUAUAUUAUCGACUUUAAGGUUUAUUCAGAGGUAAGAGAAUUCCACAAAUAUUAUCUUUGUCUUACUUAUAUAUGCAGUUUGAUUUCAGCAUUAGACCAAUUUUAUGUUAAUAGCAACUUCUAACUUGCUUGAAAUAUAUUAGAGUGAAUUGACUUAUAAUCAAACUUAAAAGUAAGAAGUAAGAAAACAAUAUCUAUCAUAAUAAAUCGCGUUAUAGACUUUUGCGGCUCGCAUUAUAUCGUAACAUUUUUACAAAAAAUAUUUUUUAAUAUGAAUUUAUAUAUUUGAAAAAGUAUAAUAUUUUAUUAAAUUACAGUGUAUAGAAGAAAAUUAGUAAAAAUAAAAAGUACUUGUUAUAAUUUGUCAUUAUUGAUUAUUUUCUUAUUUUUACGUGUUUAUUUUGCUUGUAAGUUUUUUAAAAUCAGGACUGUAUGUUGUUAACGCAGUCCUUAACAAUUCCGUUAAAUGAUUAUCCGUUAAUGUUGAUCGAUGUUUAGAUUUAAUAAUUUUCAUGGUUGAGUAUAAAGACUCGCAAGAAUAUGUUAUUCCGAAAAUCGAUAUUAACUUUUGAGCGCAAAGAGUAAUUUUUAGAUAUUUAAUAACAGGCACUUGUUUCCGAAAUUCCAACAAAGAAUGACAACUAUAUUUGAACUGCUUCAAUCCUUCAUCUUCCAAUAAUUCUAAGAGUUCAAUUUAUAAAGCUGCUGUAUCCAUUGGAAUCGAUUUUAAUUUUGGACAUCCAUUUUCAAUAACAUUAAUUACAAAGGAAUUUUCUAAAAAGGCUAACUAUGGUUUAUCUUGAAUGUCAGUGGAUUCAUCUAACUCUAAACUUAAUGCAGAACAAUUAGCAAUUUAAUUUUGUAAAUUAGAAGAAGAGUUCUUUUUCAUAGAAUGAAACAGUAAACCAUUUCAUCUCAUUUGUCAAUCCCAACUAUCACAAUUUAAGGUUAGUAACUUAAAACGCCACUAUGAAACAAAUCACAGUUCGUUUAGUAACGAAUUUUCUACUGGUUCUGAUUUGAGAAAAAAUAAAUUAAGCACAAUAAAAUUAAAAUUAAAUAAACAAACCAAUAUUAUGUCGGUAUUUUCUAAAGAAACUGAUAUAACUACUGAAACGAGUUUUUGUAUGGCGUUAUAUAUUGCUUGAGCAAAGCGCCUAUACACCAAUGGGGUAUAUUUAACAAAAAACAUUUUAAAUGUUAUUUCCAUUUUAAAACCGGAAGAUAAAAAAUUAAUAAAUAUGGUUGAAAAUAUUUCAAAUAGUAGACAUACUAUGGAAAGACGUAUUUCAAUGAUAAGUUCAGAUAUUUUCUCUAAUUUACAAAAUUAAAUUGCUAAUUCUUCUGCAUUAAGUUUAGCGUUAGACGAACCUAUUGACAUUCAGGAUAAACCACAGUUAGAUAUUUUUGUACGUUAUAUGACGAUGAAUAUGGAAGUGAAAGAAGAAUUAUUAGAUUUUAUAGCUCUUAAAGAAACUACUAGAGAUGGUCGAAAUAAAAAAAAUUGA